AACUACAACUCCCACGGAGACUCGGAAGCAGCCUAGGCAAAGGAGCGGUUGUUUCAGCUUUGGCCUUAGUCCGUGCCUGAACCUGGAAAAUGUUGCUGGCGCCCCAAGACAGGUCCUCCUCCAGGAAGAGGCCGGGGCUGAAUCGCUGGAAACAGUUUACAAGGAAGCCGAGUCCCACCAAGCCUGUGUUUGACCCUGACAAUGUGGAACACUGGAUUAAGAGAGUGGAGAAAGCUUCAGAAUUUGCAGUUUCUCAAGUAUUUUCUGCUGGAAAUUCAAAUUUAUCCAGAAGGCUUUGGGGCCAACUUGUAGAUUUGGAAACACCUGAGCAAAUAGAAGAUCAUGAAGAAGUCUACGCAGAAGCUCAGGAAUUGGUCAAUGACUGGUUAGACACCAAACUUAAGCAAGAACUAGCAAGUGAUGGGGACAGUGAUGCUGAAGACACUGUGUCCAGUAUCCCUCCUGUGCCAGAAGCCAGUGGACAUUUGAAAUAUGACAAGUUUGAUGAUUUAUGUGGUUAUUUGGAGGAAGAAGAUGAAAGUACCACUGUUCAAAAAUUCAUAGACCAUCUGCUCCAUAAAGACGUGGUGGAUUCUGGGAUAUUGGAAGAUCUUAGAAUGAAUGAAAACCAAGACAAGAAGUGGCAGAAGGAUCCUCGUCUUACCAUGGAGAUGAGACAUAAGCAGGUAAAAGAAAAUCGCUUAAGACGUGAGAAAGAACUAGAGCUCCAGAGAAUUGAAAAGACCCUGAAAAAAUCGGCCUUCUUAGAGGCUCAGUAUCUGGUGCAAGAAGAGAAGAAAAGGAAGGCUCUAGAGGCCAAGAGAGAGGAGGAGGAGAUUCAAAGGGAGAUGGUAAAGCUGCGGAGGGAGAUAAUUGAGAGGCGACGCACAGUGGAAGAAGCAUGGAAAAUAGAGAAGAAGAAGCAAGAAAAUUCUCCAAAAAUUCCAGAGAAAGGCACGUUUCAAAGUGUUCUUAUUCUUCCGGAUGAAGAAAAAAUGGCAAAAGAAAGAAAGAAGAAGCUAAAAGAGUUAUUAAUUCAAACUUUCAAGGAAAAUCACCAGUGUCAAAAACGGUAUUUCUCUGCCUGGCACAAGCUGAUUCUUGAUCAUAGGAUUAAGCUGGGGAAAGCUGGGACCCUGUCCGACUGGAAGUUGCAACUGAAGGUCCUGCGGGCCUGGAGAGACUACACAAGAUCCCAGAAGUUGGGGCGGGAGACUCAAGCUAUAGAAAAUUACCUUAGAGAAGAAAACAGAAAACAACAGCUGGCCACUGAGUAUAACCGGAAACAAGUUCUCCAACACCAUUUUACAGAAUGGCAGCGUUGGCAUCGUGCAGAGAUCCUAAAGAGAGAACUGGCCGUAACAAAGGAGGAAACCAGGAAGAAAAUGAAUGAGCUGCUGGAGGCAGCAUCACUAGGGAAACUCAGCGCAAACGUGUCAUCAAGCAUCAGUCUGCUUGAGGAGGCAACGGCUAUGGAGGAUCCACCUAGAAAUGGACAGGUGCCUGCUGUCCCUGCUUUGUGGGAAAAGCCUCCCUCUGGGAGCAGUGGUUGUCUGCCCAGCUGCCACCUCGGAAGACCAACAAAGAGCAUCCUCCAGGUUCCCCUCCAAAAGGCCCCUCCGGAUACGUCUGACAGUAAGCCACACAAGGGCCCAGGUGAUGAGCCCUCCCAGCAGCCUGGUAACAAAAAGAAGUUCAGAACCAGCAGCCGGAAAGCAGAACCUGUUUGCAUGGGUCAUUUCCACAACCGCCAUAUCUUCCAGCAGCAGCUGAUUGAAAAGCAGAAGAAGAAACUUCAGGAGCAGCAGAAAACAAUUCUGGAGCUGAAGGAAAACCAGCGGCUGGCAGAGGUUCGGUGGGCAGCUGGGCGUACGCACCCACAGAGCUGCCAGCUGUCAGACCCGGGAGAAGAUGAAUGGGAACGAACCUGCCAGGUGCUUCCAAAUUCACCUGUUGCUUGCCCUGGGACUGAAGGCAGUAGAAGUGAUUCCCGAAACUUUCUUUCUGGACCCAGAAGGAAUCCAAGGCAGUUGAUGGCUCCCCAUCCUAUACUGAAAGCCAUGGAAGAGAGAGCAGUUCAGCGAGCUGAACGUAGGCGGAUCUUGGCAGAGAAGAAGAAAAAACAAGAAGAGGAGAAAUUGGCCCAGUUAAAGGCCCAAGAGGAGGAGCAUCAGAAGAGGGAAGCAGAAGAAAAGGAGGCUCAGCUUGAGAAAAAAAGAGAAGAGAAGAGACUGAAGAAAAUGAAAGAACUAGAGAAGCAGAAGAGAAUUAAGAGGAACCAGCAGCUGGAAGCAAUAGCCAAAGAACACUAUGAAAGGGUAUUGCUAAGAAAUAAAGGUCUGGAGCCUUGGAAGAGGCUAAGAAUGCGAAGCAAGCAAAACCUCCAGGUGGCCAAAGAGCAUCACUCUUUGACCCUACAGAGGAAAUGCCUGCUGACCUGGUUCCAGUGGUGUCAGGAAAGCCUGGCUAAGAAGAUGGCCCAGGCUGAUCAAUUUUAUUCAGAAAUAUUGCUUAGGAGAGCUAUCCGGAGCUGGCUACAGCACCUGAUUGAUCUAGACGAAGAAGUAAGAAAACUGUGCGUACAUUUUCUUCAGAAGAAGAUUUUCAGGGCCUGGCGUGACAUGGUCAGGGAGGCCAGGGUCGAUUCUCAGAACAAGUACCAGAUUGCGGUGGAACACAGUGACAGGAGGAUUCUCUGGAUCACGUUUCAGACAUGGAAGAGGUUUGCAAAAUAUACAAAAGAGGAAAGAGAAAAAGAAGAGAGGCGAGAGCAGCUCCGUAGGAAGGUAGCUGAAAUUCUCCCAGAUUUCCAGAUGUUCACACUGCUGUGACUCGGCCGCACAGCACUCAGAUGCUCAGCCCUUGGGUAAGGAGCCUGUGGUGGACAGGGGGCCACAGCCCGCGCAGGCGCAGUGCAGUGCUUACAAUGGGAGUUUCGUCAGUCUGUGUGUGGGUUACCUCCACCGACCCACGUAUACGUGCAAACAUCUGGCUUAUGUUCUGUCCCAUACUUUUUGGAUCAAAGGAAUUAUUUUGUGAAUGUAUACUUCCUUCUUUGAUUUAUCUUGGAUUGCUAAUCAGUCCACUAAAGCAUUUAUCACAGCAGGACCAUCCAAAGGAACAGUCUUCGGCUCUGCUGUUCAGAUGUACCCUAUAUAUUUUUAGUAUCAUAAACUUUAUGAUGUUUGUUUCCCUAAGACUGUGCAGGGAAAUGUGUCCUUAUAGCUUACUGUGAAUUGCUGACCAAUGUAACUUUAACUCAAUAGAAAUUAAAAAUAGUGGGUACUUAGAAAAGGAGGGCCAGUCGUCUAGUCCCUCAGCGACAGCAACAGGCAUUCUGCCAGACCCUGUCCAUUUUGCCCACCUGAUGGAAAACUGUGGAUCAAAAGGUACUCCAGGAAGCCACUACAAAGGAUAGCAGCAUCUCCUGAUUUCAGAGAAACCAGGCCACCAAAGAUACUUCUCCUCAGUGCACUUUUAUAAUGUGAAGAGAAGUCCAAAAGCAAAGACUAUCAAAGGCCGUCCAGCAGUCUGUUAAAAUGUAGGCUCAUGCUUCCAGCUGCAAACUUGAAAUAACACAUUCAAUCUGUCUUCUAAUCCUCAGCUCAGCUUGAUCUAUGUAUCAAGCUUGUUGUUCAGUUGCCAAGUAGUGUCCAACUCUUUGCAACCCCCUGGACUGCAGCACCCCAGGCUUCCCUGUCCCUCACCAUCUCCCAAAGUUUGCCCAAGUUCAUGUCCAUUGAAUCAGUGAUGCCAUCCAACCAUCUCAUCCUCUGUCGCCCUCUUCUCCUUCUGUCUUUAGUCUUUCCCAGCAUCAGGGUACUUAUCUUGAAUUCAGAGAAUGUUUUAAUCUUUAAGGUGCUAAAGAAUGUAAAGACUGACACAACACUCCUGUGAACUGUCUGAAAGAGUUACCUGCUAGAAAAAAAAGUUUUCAUUACAAAGUACAUGCAUAUAACAACAAAUUCAGGCAAUAAAUGCAGACAGUAAAGUGAAGACAGUCUCUUGCAGCCCUGAGGUAACUACAACUAUUUGGUAAGCUUAAAAUUUGAGUUGGCAAUAAAAUUCUGUGUGUUGUUCAAUAAA